ACACGGUGCGUCAGGGUGCACGCGCGGGGCUCCUCGGGGGCAUCUCUCGGAGAAGAUAACAGGAUCGUCUCCUCUCCCUCCCGCCCCGCCGCCUCUCUCGCGCACCCGCGACGACCGCCGUCCGCCCGACGCGAUUUCGGGUCGCCCGUUGCGUGCGGACGCGCGAGCCUCCCGCGUCGAGAUCGCCAGGUCGAUAACGUCCCGACGAGCGUCGCCCUUUUACCCCGGGUCGAAUUCUGCCGAGACGCGCGACGAGCGCGACGACAUGACUCGCGGGACUCGACGCGACGCGGCGUGACGAGGUUCCCCGCCCGUGUACAACAGCCGCUAACACUGCCACGGGUCUGCUCUCCCCCUCGCGAACGGGCGAACAGCUGAGUCGAAAUGGAGUCGGCGGGAGUCAGCGGUGGCCAGAACCAGUCCAACGUCAACGACUGUUCCGACACCAAGGGCAGUUGCUUGCUGCUUCGCUAUGCCAGCCAAAAUUCUCUGGACGAGAGCUCGCAGAAGCACAUUCCCCGGGAAAACGGGAAGGACAAGCCGCCGUACAGGAAUCACCAUCAUACGAAUCGAGCCUUCGAUGUCAUCAACGAGAUGAGGAAGAAAAAUUUACUCUGCGACGUGAUUCUGGCAGCGGACGGCGGUAUGGAGGUACCGGCUCACAAGAUGGUCCUCGCCGCGUGCAGCCCUUACUUUUACGCCAUGUUCACGAGUUUCGAGGAGCGCGAUCAGCAGAGGAUAACGCUGCAGGGCGUGGACUAUUCGGCGCUGGUGUUACUGGUGGAUUACGUUUACUCCGCCGAGGUCCACGUCACGGAGGAUAACGUACAGGUGCUCCUACCCGCUGCAAAUUUGCUGCAACUGACGGACGUGCGGGACGCCUGCUGCGAUUUCCUGCAGGCGCAGCUACACCCGUCCAAUUGUCUCGGGAUCAGGGCGUUCGCGGAUCUGCACGGGUGCCUCGAGUUGCUGGCGCACGCGGACAGUUACAUCGAGCAGCAUUUCUCGGAGGUGGUCGACGCGGAAGAAUUCUUAACGCUGGCACCCGAACAAGUGGCCAAACUUAUCUGCAGCGAUCGCUUAAUGGUACCUUCCGAGGAGAAGGUGUUCGAGUGCGUUAUCUCGUGGGUGCACCACGAUCUUGAGAAGAGGCAAAACGACCUGGCUCUGUUGAUGGAGCACGUGCGCUUGCCCUUGCUCUCGCAAGAGUAUCUGGUACAGCGUGUGGAGGAGGAACCGCUUCUCAAGGCAAACUUACAAUGCAAGGAUUUCUUGAUCGAAGCUUUGAAGUACCACUUGCUGAAGGGCGAGCAAAAGUCGCUGUUCAAGACACCGCGUACCAAACCGAGGCAACCGAGAGGUCUACCCAAAGUACUGCUCGUUGUCGGUGGCCAAGCUCCAAAGGCGAUCAGGAGCGUCGAGUGCUUUGACUUUAAGGAGGAAAGGUGGUAUCAAGUUUCCGAGCUACCAACACGACGCUGUAGAGCCGGACUCUGUGUUCUCGGCGGACGCGUAUACGCCGUCGGUGGAUUCAACGGAUCGCUGAGAGUACGAACGGUGGAUAUUUACGACGCCGCGGCGGAUCAGUGGUCACCCUGUCCCGAGAUGGAAGCGAGGAGAUCGACGCUCGGUGUGGCCGUGCUCGGCAAUUGCGUUUACGCUGUCGGUGGCUUCGAUGGUUCGACGGGACUGAACUCGGCUGAAGUUUACGAUCCACGGACUCGCGAAUGGAGACCUAUUGCACGAAUGUCAACGCGGCGUAGCAGCGUAGGAGUCGGCGUCGUCAAGGGAUUGCUCUACGCCGUCGGUGGCUACGACGGAGAGUCUCGGCAAUGUCUCUCCAGUGUCGAGUGCUACAAUCCGGAGAAGGAUCAAUGGAAACCCGUACCUGAGAUGUCCGCGCGUCGCAGCGGUGCGGGAGUCGGUGUCCUGGACGGUAUCUUGUACGCGGUAGGAGGUCACGAUGGUCCACUAGUACGAAAAAGCGUAGAAGCCUUUAAUCCGGAGACGAAUCAGUGGACUCCUGUCAGUGAUAUGGCAUUGUGUCGUCGUAACGCCGGUGUUGUGGCGUUAAACGGACUUUUGUACGUGGUGGGUGGGGACGACGGUUCCUCCAGUUUGGCAUCGGUAGAGGUGUAUUCGCCAAGAACCGAUACGUGGACCACGCUGCCGACUUGCAUGGGAGUCGGGCGUAGUUACGCAGGUGUGGCGAUCAUCGAUAAGCCGAUGGCCCCCGCGGCGACAAUGUGAGGUCUAC